UCCUCCUCCGCUUACUGUAUUUCCGAAGGAAGCGGCGGGCGGCGAUGGUGGAGGAGGCGGUGGCGAGAGAAAUACGGUGUCCAUCGGGGCCCUUCCCUUCUCCUGCCCACCCCGCCUCUGAUCCCAUAAGAUCGACGGGAACUAGACCCCUGCUGGGGAGGGAUCUUGGGGACGCCAAGCUGCCGCAAGCAAAACAAGGGCCCGGAUCCCGCGUUGCAAAGCCCGAGCCCGACCGAGCUGUUGAAGAAAUGUUGACCCAGCACAGAGAGGAGAAAACCAACCAGGAAAGUGUCUUGGAAGAGGGCAGCGCUAGGAGCCCUCCUCACUUGAAGGCCUUUCUGGAAAUGGGUGAAACUGGGAUGCCGGAAGAGCAAGUUCUCAAAAAGAAGCAUGUGUGUCCCGAUUGUGGGAAGAACUUUUGCCGCCGUUCAGACCUUGUCCGGCACCAGAAACUCCAUACGGGAGACCGACCGUUUAUCUGUUCUAAGUGUGGGAAAGGCUUUGUUCAGAGUACCCACCUCAUCGCGCACCAGAAAAGCCACGCGCGAGAGAAGCCCUUUUUGUGUCCUCACUGCGGAAGAAGCUUCAACCAAAUCCUGAACUUCAACAGACACCAGAGGACUCACUCUAAGGAACCGCCUUUCCAGUGCUGCGACUGCGGGAAGACCUUCAGCCGCAGCUCAAACCUUAUUAUGCACCAGAGGGCGCACACAGGGGAGAGGCCCUAUAAAUGCUUCGACUGCGGAAAUAGCUUCAGCAGGAGCUCGACUCUCGUUACCCAUCAGAGAAUCCACACUGGCGAGAAACCCUAUAAAUGCCAGGACUGCUGGAAAAGCUUUGGCAGACGCUCGACCCUCGUGAUGCACCGGAGAAUCCACACCGGGGAGAAGCCUUACCAAUGUCCCGACUGCCCGGAAAGCUUUAGUGUUAAGUCGGGUCUUCUAAGUCAUCAGAGAAUCCACAUGACCGAGAAACCCUACCUUUGCCUGGAGUGCGGCAAAAACUUCUGCCGGAGCGCAGACCUCAUUAUCCACCAGAGGAUCCACACGGGGGAAAAACCCUACAAGUGCAACGACUGCGGCAAGAAAUUCAAUACAAACUCGCACCUCGUCACCCACCUGAGGAUUCACACAGGUGAAAAGCCAUAUAAGUGCCCCGAGUGCGGGAAAGGCUUCUCUUACAGCUCGGUACUCGUGGGCCACCAGCGCCUUCACACAGGAGAGAAGCCGUACGCGUGUCUCGAGUGCGGGAAAACCUUUCGUAACAAUUCACACCUUAUCACGCACCAGAGGGUGCACACCGGAGAGAAGCCUUACGAAUGCGCCGAGUGUGGGAGGAGUUUCAGUGUCAGUUCAAACCUUAGGAAGCACCGGAAACUCCACGAAAGGGAGGCACCUUUUAAAGAUUCUGAGUAGCAGUCCUAGCUGAUGAAGUCCCAGUUAGACGCUAGCAAAGCUUGUAAACGGAAAUUGAUGCACGGUGAGAAAAACAUCAGGAAAAUCUUUUUGCAACGCAGAAUAGACAACAUGGAGCAUAGAGUAGCAAAGGAACGCAGACCAAGUCUACUGUUAGAAAGAUCUGGUUCUGGGAAAUUCUGACGAUUCUGUUUCUCUAACGGGUGGGCUAGGAUGAGGAAUCUUCCGUAUUCUGUCUUCACCGAAGAAACUCACGCUUUGUCUCAAAAGGAGUUAGCGUGAAUAAAGUAGAUUUGUACAUGCUUCCUUGGUGACGCCUGUGUUUCUGAUAUCCUGCUUCUUCAAAAUAUAGCGGCAGCAGAGAGCAACACAGAAAGGGCAUGAUGAGCAAGGGGAUGGAUGUCGGGGGCUGCUGGGCGGUGAGACAGGCGAAUAGCACACAGAUCAUUUAAAUAGCUAACACAGGCAUCCCCAAACUGCGGCCCUCCAGAUGUUUUGGCCUACAACUCCCAUGAUCCCUAGCUAACUGGACCAGUGGUCAGGGAAGAUGGGAAUUGUAAAUCCUUUUAAAGCCUAUCUUCAAAUCCUUUUAAAGCCUAUGAAGCAUUGGGCAUGCCUCAACAACCCUUUCCCCUGCAGAAGCAGAGUCUAAACAUGUCUAACUGAACCAAGAAUAUUUGCUGUGAGCCACCCAGAGUGGCUGGGGAAACCCAGCCAGAUCAGUGAGGUAUAAAUAUUAUUAUUAUUAUUAUUAUUAGUAGUAGUAGUAGUAGUACUUCCCUUAUCCACUCACUGCUGCACCUUCUCCAGUCCCCCCAGCCCCAGUCAAUAUGUAGACUGUACGCUACUUGGGGCAGGGACCUGUCCUUAUCCCCCCCAUCUUCUGCCAAACAUCAUAAACCAGGCACCCCCAAACUGCAGCCCUCCAGAUGUUUUGGCCAACAACUCCCAUGAUCCCUAGCUAACAGGACCAGUGGUCGGGGAAGAUAGGAAUUGUAGUCCAAAACAUCUGGGGGGCCAAAGUUUGGGGAUGCCUGAGCUAACGUCGCAAAAGUCAGUGGGAUUCCAGCGCCGCAGCCUAGUCAUCAGCUGAACAAAACCUUGUGCACAACCAAUAACGGGCAGAUGGGACAGAGCACCACAGAGAUGGGAUGGGGAGCCUUAGACCUUGGGGGCUGAAUCCAGCCUUCUAGGCCUCUUAUCUGACCCGUGGGACUUUCCCUAGCCCCACCCACCACUGACCCUGCUCCACCCUCUCCUUGAGCGUUUUUGCCUGGCUUGACUUUGUCCUCAAACUCCGAUGAUGCCGGGAGGGGGGCUCAAGUGCGUCCAGAAACUUGCCUACCGUACAUUCAUUGCUCCGCCUCCUUUUGCCCCUGGCUCCUCCCACCACUGGCACUUGGCCCUCAGAAGGGACCGUGGCCCUGGGCCUGUAAAAGGUUCCCCACCCCUGAGAUAAGAGGGUAGAAUAUCAUCUGGCUCUGGGAGGGAGAGCACAGAUUCUCUAUUUGCAUGGAUUCUGUUCUUUGACAGGUCGAUGUUUUAUGUUUUUAAUGCUUUGUUGGGAGCUGCCCAGAGUGAUUGGGGCAUCCCAGUCAGAUGGGUGGCAUAUUAUUAUUAUUAUUAUUAAUAAUAAUAACAACAACAACAAUCAAUAAUCACACACACACACCUGUGUGUUCAGUUUUCUGUAGUGCAUCUCACUCAGUGCUACAAUUAUACUGUCAUGACAGCAGAUCCAAGUAUCGAGAGGGGUGCAACGUGAAUUUGGGGGGGCGGGCAGAGGUGAGUUUUGUUGGAUUUCUUAGAGAGAACCUGCUGGUUUAUUUUAACACUCUCAUCCUACCUAAAUCAUAGGUGGGCAAACUUAAGGCCCAGGGGCCAGCCUGGCCCAAUCGCCUUCUCAAUCCAGCCCACGGAUGGUCCGGGAAUCAGUGUGUUUCUACAUGAGUAGAAUGUGUCCUUUUAUUUAAAAUACAUCUCUGGGUUAUUUGUGGGGCAUAGGAAUUUGUUCCACCCC